AUGCUGGCCUCCCCCAUGCGCAGGUGCAGCUGCACACAGCUGUUUAUUCUCCAGCAAGAGUGCCACGAUGAGCCAGGUUCUGCCAGCAGGAUGCUCUGGAAAGCCCGCUGCCCAUUGGGCAAGGGCUCUUCCAGGCCGGCCCAGCACUGGCCGGGGGAGGCCUCUCCGCAAGCCCGGCACGAGGCCCACCGCCCUCCGGCUCUGGCCGGGGUCCGGGCCACAGAGCGCAAAGGACCGCCGGGACAGCGGCAGAGCCGCGCUGGGGGGUCGCGGAGAAGGCAAAGGGGCCUGCCUGUGAGGGCGGGGCUUCCCGGGCCUCCCACUCCCACCUCUGGGAGGCGCCCUCGGCCCCGGCUCUGCUGGCAUCCCCCUGGCGACGGCGAGCUCGCUCCUUCCCGAGGCUGCCCGUUCCACCUGGGGAGGAAAAUCUCCGCCCACUCUUCCCCCCCCCCCCCCCCGUCCCUCCCCUCCCAAGAGUUGCCCCGGCCGAGCCUCCGUUUCCCCGCCCAUAAGGUGGGGCAGGACCCCGCCUCCACUCCCUGGGAUCCUCAUGGCCGUGACGCACUUCCGCUCCCCAAGGCACAACAACGCCCCGGGCUAGCCCGAGCGGGUUCCCGAAAAGCCAAGGGCGGGAGCACGCUCGUCAGUCACUUUUCCAAUGCCCCGCCCUCUCCUCAUUGCGCAGGCGCAACACCAUGCAGCCCCGCCCCGGCUACUUGGCACCGCCCCGCUCCCUCCCUCCCUCGAGAGCACCGGGCGGGGCCGGGCUGCAGCGGUGGAGGCGGAGCCGGGGAGAGGGGGCCGCCUAGCCGGCGUCUUCCGCGAGGAGGAGGAGGAGGAGGAGGAGGAGGAGGAGGCCCAGGCCCCCGGGGGCGAGUCGCCCUCGCUGCCUCCCUCCUCUGCGGGCCGCCUCGGGGGCGGUGCCUGCUGGCUGUGACCGAGGCCGCGGGCAACUUCCCGGGUGUAGGCUGCUCACCUGCCGACGGCCGCCCUGACGGGCGCCGCCGCCGCCGCUUGGCCCGGCCGGGCUUCCGUCCCCGCGGACCCGGCCUCGUUCUGACGCCGCCGCGGCCUCUUGGCCCGGCCGGGCUUCCGUCCCCGCGGACCCGGCCUCGUUCUGACUUCGCCGCCGCCGCUUGGCCCGGCCGGGCUUCCGUCCCCGUGUCCCUGCUCGGACUACCCGGAGAAACGAGGACUGGAGAGAGGCCGGCGCGCCCCGCCCCGCUCCGCCUGAGCCCAGCCCAGCCCUGCAGGCCCGGCCCGGCCCGGCCCCCGCGUCGUCGGUGGUCGCCUUGUUGCGUGGCCGGCGGGGGCGAGGGCCGGGCCGGGGCCCGGGGCCGCUUUCCUCUCCCACCCUCAUCCUUCCCUCUCGGUCUCUCCCCACCCCCCCCUCCAGCCCCAGGCCGCGGCGCGCGCCGGAGCCGGAGCCGGGGCCGGGGCCGGAGGCCGGGCCGGAGCUGGCGGGGACUGCCCCACUCCGCCCCCGCGGCCCCGCCCGCCCAUGGCCCGCCGCUGCCGCGCGUCGUCGGCCCAUGGAUUUGUGACUGA